AUGCUGGGAAGCACAAACAACAAAGCCAGACCAUAUAGCGCGCAGCACCACCAACAGCCUCUAUGCACCCGCAAGCACCAGAUUGGAGCCCUCUUCCUGGUCGCCGCCACCGUCUUCUUCACCAAGCUCCUCGACUCCUCUCUCCCCUGCUCCUCCUCCUCCUUCACGGCCGAUCCCCUUGCCACCACUUCACGGAGCUCCUCCGUCCACGUCACCAAUGGCGGUGACCUUCUGUGGCCCCAACGCGGGUACGGCCCCGUCGUCGACCUCAAGAUUUACGUCUACGAUGAGCGCGAGAUCGACGGCCUCAAGGCCUUGAUGUCCGGCAGGGACGGCGCCAUUGACUCCAGCUCUUGCUUGAAAGGCCAGUGGGGCACUCAGGUGAAAAUACACAGGCUACUGCAAGAAUCGAGGUUCCGGACAAGGAAGAAAGAGGAGGCAGACCUAUUUUUUGUGCCAACAUAUACGAAAUGUGUGAGAAUGUUGGGUGGUCUUAAUGAUAAAGAGAUUAACCAGACUUAUGUGAAGGUGUUGAGACAAAUGCCAUAUUUUAAGCGAUCUGGUGGUCGUGACCAUAUUUUUGUCUUUCCAAGUGGAGCUGGUGCUCAUUUAUUUAGGUCGUGGGCCAAAUUCAUAAAUCGUUCCAUUAUUCUUACCCCCGAGGGUGAUCGGACUGAUAAGAAAGAUACAAGUGCCUUUAAUACGUGGAAAGAUAUCAUCAUUCCUGGGAAUGUUGAUGAUGGGAUGACUACAGAUGGUGCUACCCUUGUCCACCCUUUGCCACUAUCAAAGCGGAAGUAUCUUGCAAACUAUUUAGGUCGUGCACAAGGAAAGGCCGGUCGCCUCAAGUUGAUAGAGCUUUCUAAGAAAUUUCCAGAUAAGUUGGAAUGUCCAGAGUUGAAGUUCAGUGGCCCUGAUAAAUUGGGAAAAAUAGAUUAUUUCGAACACCUGCGCAACGCCAAGUUCUGCCUUGCUCCACGUGGGGAGUCAUCUUGGACUCUUCGUUUUUAUGAGUCUUUCUUUGUGGAGUGUGUCCCAGUGAUAUUGUCAGAUGAAGUAGAACUUCCGUUCCAGAAUGUUGUUGAUUACACCCAGAUAUCAAUUAAAUGGCCAUCAACUCGAAUAGGUCCUGAGCUUUUGCAGUACCUAGAGUCUAUACCAGAUGAAAUCAUAGAGGGAAUGAUAAGCCAUGGUAGACAAGUAAGAUGUUUAUGGGCCUAUGCUUCAGAAUCAGCUUCGUGUUCUGCAAUGCAUGCAAUUCUUUGGGAACUUCAGAGAAAAGUCAGGUUGUUUCACCAAUCAACCGAAACAUUCUGGCUGCACGACGGAUCUAUUGUAAAUAGAAACUUAGUCAAGUUCUCUGAUUGGAGGCCUCCCAUGCCUUUGCCAUGAGUAUGCAACAUUAGGGUUUCCUCUUAUAGUUGCUUUCUCCAUUUCCAGAGUUCAUACCCUCAUCAUUUUCGUUUUCAACAGCGCUAAUUUUUGUUGUAUAUUGUUUAUUGAUAUUCCUUUCAUUCUUAGUCAUAUAACUCCCAAGGUUUCCCAUGUUGUAAUUGUAGAACACCUCGGGGAAAGUGAUAUUGCCAAAAAUAUAUUUAAACUAUACUGAGUUCUGUUGAAGUGUACCUAAUUUAAUC